AUGAUUGAUUUACGAACGCUGGUGAAGGAGAGAUGUCCGAGCCUCUACAAGCGCUUCCGGCCCGCGUGGUGGCUGCCCAACGGCCAUAUACAGACCAUCUACGCCGUGCUUGGUGACUUUACGAAGGUGCAUCGCUUCCAGUAUCGUCGGCAGUUCAUCCGUAUGCGCGACGGAGGCACAGUUGGCAUGGAUUGGGCACCUGCAGAUCAGUUCAGCGUGUCCGACACUGCACCCAUCAUUGUGAUCAAGCACGGGAUCACUGGAGGCUCUCACGAACCGUAUGUGCGCUGCAUCCUCGAUGUUGCUACCGCGCCAGUCUCUCAGGGCGGUCUGGGGUACCGCGCCGUUGUGUGCAACUUCCGGGGCUGCGCGGGGAUCCCCAUCACGUCUCCCCGGCUCUAUUCGUCUGGGGCGACGGACGAUUUGCGGCAAGAGCUCGCGUACAUUCGAAGCCUGUACCCCAACGCGCCGCUAAUCGGCCUCGGCUUCAGUCUCGGGGCGAACGUGCUGACCCGCUACCUGGCCGAAGAGGGCGAGGAGAGCCGGCUCGUGGCAGGGUGCGCCGUAGCAUGUCCCUGGAACCUCCUCGACGACUGCAACGGCCUGCUCAACACCUUCCUCGGCACGCAGAUCUACUCCAAGGGCAUGGCCCGCUCCCUCCGCAAGAUCGUCAAGCGCAACAGGACCGCCUUCGCCUCCGGCGCCGAACAAGCAGCCGCCGUCGAGGCCGCGCUCAAGCUCAAGUCGCCCACCCUCAAGGUCUUCGACGACCACUUCACGCGCCUCUUCGGCGGCGGCGCCCCCAUGUUCCCCUUCGACUCCGCGCAGGACUACUACACGGGGACGUCCAGCCAUACCGCCGUGCGCGAUAUCCGCGUGCCGUUCCUCGCGCUCAACGCCGCGGACGACCCGAUCGUGAACAAGCUGCCUGCGCUCGAUGGGAGCGAUAAUGUGGUGCUGGCGGUGACACGGCUCGGUGGGCACCUGGCGUGGUUCGAGGCGGGGAAGCGGCCGGGAGAGCCAAGGCGUUGGAUGCGGCAGCCCGUGCUGGAGUGGCUGCGCGUGUGCGGGGAUGACCUUAAGCACGAGGCGAUGGGUAGGAAGGAGCGUGAGGUCGUGGUCGUGGAUGGAUGGGUGACGGAGGCUGGGAGCGAGGAGGGCUACGGUUGCAGGGCUCUGUCGGGGUCGAAGAUCAUCGAGGCGCACGAAGACCAGAACCGCAAGCAGAUGAAGCAUGAGCUGGCGCUCGACGGCAUGUAG